CCGUCUCCGCCGUCGCUUCGGUAGCCGCCGCGGUGGUCGCUUCGGGCAGCUGCUCGCUCUCGGGGCGUCGCCUCCCAUCCCGACAUCCCGCCCGGAGGACGCUGAGGCUGAAGCGCGGCCGGUGGCUGGGGGACGGUCCGGUCCCUCAGCUGCGCGGGCGGCCGCAGUGACAGCCCGGCCCCAGCCCGCCGCCCGCCCUCGCCCUCGCCCUCGCCCUCGGUGCCCGCAGCCACGAUGAACCGGGGCAGCAGCAGCCCGUCGGCCGCCGCCAACUACCUGCUCUGUACCAACUGCCGGAAAGUACUGCGGAAGGAUAAAAGAAUCAGAGUAUCUCAACCCUUGACAAGAGGACCAAGUGCCUUUAUUCCAGAGAAGGAAGUUGUCCAAGCAAACACAGUGGAUGAACGUACUAACUUUCUUGUGGAAGAAUACUCUACAUCCGGUCGCCUGGACAACAUCACCCAGGUCAUGAGUCUGCACACACAGUACCUGGAGUCCUUCCUGAGGAGCCAGUUCUACAUGCUGCGCAUGGACGGCCCCCUUCCUCUACCGCACCGGCACUACAUCGCCAUCAUGGCUGCAGCUAGACAUCAGUGUUCUUACUUAAUAAACAUGCAUGUGGAUGAAUUUUUAAAGACAGGAGGUAUUGCUGAGUGGUUGAAUGGUUUGGAAUAUGUACCACAAAGACUGAAAAAUCUUAAUGAAAUAAACAAGCUGUUAGCACACCGACCCUGGCUGAUCACAAAAGAGCACAUUCAGAAACUUGUCAAAACUGGAGAAAAUAAUUGGUCUCUGCCCGAACUGGUACAUGCUGUGGUCCUACUGGCACAUUAUCAUGCUUUGGCAAGCUUUGUUUUUGGUAGUGGCAUCAAUCCAGAAAGAGAUCCAGAAAUCUCCAAUGGAUUCAGGCUAAUAUCAGUCAACAAUUUCUGUGUGUGUGAUCUCGCUAAUGACAACAACAUAGAGAAUGCAUCUCUAACAGGCAGCAACUUUGGGAUCGUCGAUUCUCUAAGUGAGCUAGAGGCCUUAAUGGAAAGAAUGAAAAGGCUUCAAGAAGAAAGAGAAGAUGAAGAGGCAUCUCAGGAAGAAAUGACCACUCGCUUUGAGAAGGAGAAGAAAGAAAGUCUUUUUGUGGUCUCUGGAGAUACUUUUCAUUCAUUUCCUCAUUCAGAUUUUGAGGAUGACAUGAUUAUAACAUCUGAUGUCUCCCGAUAUAUCGAAGACCCUGGUUUUGGGUAUGAAGACUUUGCCAGACGAGGAGAGGAGCAUUUGCCAACAUUCCGAGCUCAGGACUAUACCUGGGAAAAUCAUGGGUUCUCCCUGGUGAACAGACUUUAUUCUGACAUUGGACAUCUUCUUGAUGAGAAGUUCCGCAUGGUCUACAAUCUCACCUAUAACACUAUGGCCACCCAUGAGGAUGUUGACACAACCAUGCUGCGCAGAGCUUUAUUUAACUACGUUCACUGUAUGUUCGGAAUCAGGUAUGAUGACUAUGAUUAUGGAGAAGUUAAUCAAUUACUUGAACGAAGCCUGAAGGUUUACAUUAAGACAGUGACCUGCUAUCCUGAGAGGACUACCAAGCGCAUGUAUGAUAGUUACUGGCGUCAGUUCAAACACUCAGAAAAGGUUCACGUAAAUUUACUUCUAAUGGAAGCACGGAUGCAAGCUGAGCUUCUCUAUGCUCUUCGUGCCAUAACUCGGCAUUUGACCUGAAGCGUCAUCCAGGGAAAAUGUCAUAUAUGUGUAAAGACCUUUUCACAUAGGAUAUACAUCAGAAGCUGUUUGUGAUGUAGCAUCAAACAUUAUUCAAUUCUCUAGUGUCAAAGUUUUAGCCGUUUUUUGGGGGGCGGCUGUAAUGUGCAAUGAUGUAUUUUCUUUUUCUUGAUGCUUAACAUGACUAACAAUUGCAAAAAUAAUACUGAGGAGCACUACUUGGCAUUGUUUAUAGUUGGGUUUUUGGAUACUGAUCAUAAAUCAUGAACCUGGUUUGUUAAUGCUUAACUUCAGUGCUUUGGGGUUUGUGUGUAUGUGUAUUUUUGU